AUGACGGAGGGAACAACCUCCUAUCUUUUACCAAACACAUCUGCGCCUCUUUUUCAGCUACAAAAUGCGUUUUUGAGAAUUGAUCAGGCUGACGAUAGAUUAACCUUGAGUAAAGUAAAUCCAACAGCUAGUAGCAACUGCAUACCAGCUGAGGAUUUAUAA